CCACUGCAAAACUACACUAGGUCCUCCUUACUGUUAUAAUCUAAGGCUAUAGUAAAUAGUAAAUGUAGUUGCACAGUUCUGGUUCACUUUCUGGUGCACGUGUUGCUUAGUCAAUUCCUACCACAUCUUUCUUGGAACAAAGGCUUUGAUGUUCUUGUUACAUGACAGCUAUGUCUUGCAGGUUAGUCUUGACAAUUGGAUGGUUCAACCAUUUGAUAUAUGGACAACUUCAUCAAAUUCAAAUCCUAGACAGCCACGUUUACUUUGCAUGCACACACUACGGUUGCUUCUUCCAUAUCCAUCUGCCCGUGUAAGCUUAAUGUAUGUUCCACUAUGUAUACAAGUGUGCUGAAAAAAGAGAUGAGUGCGGCCACCUCAAAUAGAAUUACUGACAAUGAUGCGAAUUUUGCAUUGAAGAGGCUACUAACACUUCCGGUAUUAAUCGAACCAGUUGCUGACAUGUCUCUAAAUGCAGGUGGAACUCUGGGAUAUAUCAAACAAGCAGCCUUAAGUGAUUUCCUGAACUCGUAUGCACUUAAGUGAUUUCCUUUUUUUAUCUUGCAGAAGGAUUUGUGCCGAUUAUGUUGCUAACCCACUUUCUUACUGUUUUGGGGAGCUGUACAUACAGUUCCGUUUUCGAAUGUCAGCCCCUUUUUUACUAGCAUGUGGAGGAUCAAAAAGCAAACUAAAGGCUAGCAAACCUGCAUUGAUUGUCUGUUAUCAUAUAAUUAUAAGUUCAAUUUUCAGACACAAUCUCAUAGGUAAAAAGGGAGGAUGUCAUGUGCUCUGGGUUCAGACUUCUGUCCUCUUGGAGGCUGAGACGAGGAUCCACCUAGCUGUUUGUGUUUCUGUUGUAGGGGAAUGCAUCCCAUAUUUGUAUUAGACUGAUCAGAUACUUCAGACUCACAGAAAGGUACGACAAUACAAAUUCUCAGUGAUUUUCUGCAGCCUGUAAUUGUUAAUGCUGCUUCAUCAUGUAAGGUCUCGUGU